AUGACGCUUAACGAUGAAAAAGAGCUAUCAAAAUGCAAAGCUUCGGGAAUUGAACAUUUCGAGAAGUGGAGAUUGGAAAAUCACGGAAUUACUUUGUGUCCGGGAGUCACACCGAGGAGAAAUUCCAGGUUGGAUGCAAGUCUCCGAAUUGGCGAGAAGGAAUGUAGAAGAUUCAGGAUACGAGAAGGCCACGCGGAUGGCUGGGUGGUCGUGUACGCCAUCAACGACCGCGAGAGCUUCAAGACGGCGUCGACGGUGCUGGGUCGUGUGUGGUCGUUGGGUCACGUGACUCAGAGAGCGGUGAUCCUCGUGGCCAACAAGACCGACCUUCAGCGCACUCGGGUCGUCACCACGUCGGAGGGCCGCACCCUGGCCAUGACCUACGAGUGCAAGUUCAUCGAAGUGAGCGCCGGCAUCGAUCACAACGUGGAUGAGCUCCUCGUCGGCAUCCUGACCCAGAUCCGUCUGAAGAACCAGGUCCUGAGCAGCGAGAACCAGGAGGCUCCGGGGUCGGCUCCCGAGGGCUCCCCCACCGCCACGCAGCAGAGGACGCGCCACAAAAACAGUUUUCGAGUCAAGGGCAUCCUGAAUAAACUCCUGAACAAAGACCGCAAAACCAAGUCGUGUGAGAAUUUGCACGUGUUGUGAGGCCUGAGUAAAGUGGAAUUCAUUUAUUUUAUGAAUUAAUUUACCUAUUUUUUGAACGACUUGGCAGUUCCAGUGAUACAAGAAAAGCGGCGUCCUUGAAAUAUGUGUGGAAGAAAACAAGAGAAAAAUGCUGUUGAAGCUUAUACGAAGGGAUGAAUAUUUUUUUCUUAUAUUACUUAUAUAUUUCAUCUAGAAUUCUGCCUUUUCAUAUCAGUCAAAUGCAUUUUGUUGUUCUUAUCUUACCCCUAAGAGAAUCUUGUAAAAUCUAAUAUUCAGUUGAAAACUUGAGAUAUCCAUAUUCUUUAUAUUCCAUGAUUAGGUCUUGAGGGAAUUCAGAAUUUCUCCUUAAGAAAGGCUCGGAAAAGCUGGAAUCUAGAAAAUUCGGGAAGGAAGGAAGACUGUACGUGUUCGAUUUUUGUAACAAGACGUGACUCAAAGAAUCUAUCGAUGGAGAUAUGUGUUUGUACGUGUAUCAAAAACAUUUCCCGAAUUCUCCCACACGAUGAUGUGUUUGAUGUGUAUGUCGUUAAUUCUUUUUUUUAUAUCUUACGUGAAAAAAAAUGUGGUUUGUCUUCCUCGCUCAUUGUAUAACUUGACUUGAAGACUUUCGUGCCUGAGAUAAUUUUGAUAUAUCACAAAAUGAAGCUCUUUUGUGUUCCCGAUUGGAUGUAUAUGUGUGUGUGUGUGAAGUCAAUUUCCGUGUACAUCUCCAGUGAAUUUUCAGUUAUCGAGAAUAUACAUAUUGUACUGAUUCUGCUGUAAGACUGAUGCCGAUACUGUAACUGUCCUGGUCAUAUUUCAUAAAUGACGUAUUAGCAACCCAGCAAUAUAUUCUACUUAAUGUUUGCAUCUGUCUGGGAAAAUUCCGCGGUCUCUACGUGUGUUGCUUUCAAAAUGUAACAGUGAUUUCUGAAACGAAUGUCAGUAGAAUUUUUCAUGGCAGGAACACCGAGAUCAGAUAAAACCGUUAGUAUUGUUCUAUGAAACAAUUUUUCAUUGCAAUUUGAAAAUAUGGCUAUAUGAAUUCUAACAAAAUCAGUAAACGGAUACUUUUAAUAACUGUACCAGGCAAAGGAACAGAAGUUGGUGUAAUGUAAUUUUAUGUGACUUAAAAGCAACAGCUUAAUAAAACACUUCUUGUGUUUUCUACUUAACUUUCAUAUUCAUCUAUUUUUGUAUGUGUCUGUGGAAGAUAACAUUAGAUCUGUGAUGAUAUAUUGGUAAAUUGUAUAUCUAUUCUCUUUGCUACGCUCGUUCUGGUAGUGCGAGUCGAGUAAGAAAAUAACUACUAACUUCUUAACUUUGUACAUGUCAAUAAAUGAUAUGUUUGUA